AUGGUUUUGGGUUACCCGCUCUUUAGCCAAAAUUGGUUUUCAAUCUGGACUACAUAUCUCUCGCCGCCCCUCAGGUCCUCAUCAGCCGAACCCUCUUUCUAUUUCACUCUGUCACACCCACAUCUCUCCUCCACAGCAACGGUGCGUUGGCGAUGGCAGCAGUUCGAUGACUUCUCUUUGUUGACGACGGUACAGAUCGACGGGCUUCUUGUGGGUGACGGCAGCAGAUACGGCUUUGUGGCUUUUGACAUAGAUCUAGCGAGAUCUUUGGCCAAAUCAAACUGCGGCUUCGGCUUUUGGCGUAGAUCCGGCCAUCCAGCUCCUUCUUCAACAACGUACUGCGAAAGGGCUUCAGAAGCAGCGUCCUGCGACAUCAGCUACUCCGGUGACCGUUGGCGACACAUCGACGACUCCAGUGAGGGCAGCGAGGACUCAGUCAAUUUGUCGGCAAAGAGAGAAUUCCGAAUGGGGGACGUGCAAGGUCGAACUGGACUUCUGGGUUUGACGCAAGGAGAGCUAUUCUUUCAGCUGCUAGAGAGAAUUGGGGAUGUGCGCAGCUACGAAGAUUUAGAUGUUACUCUUUAUCCCCUGAGUGCUGGUUUGGCUCCAGCUUGUGACAAGAACAUAGGAGGCAAUUGGCUAUAAUUUUGAAUAUGAUGAAUAUCAUAGGUAAGGAUUUGAUGUUUAUUGUAAUUGAUUUUUGCUUCUAAGACUAGUAAUAUUUACAUGCAAAUAAAAUGAAGGUCAUAUGUAAUUCUAUUAUGGUGCUCCCUAUGCAUUGUUCUGAGUGCUCUAUGUGCCCGGGAUAUUGUGUGGUGUUUUGAAAGGUUAUUACUCCUGCAUUAUCUAUGAUGAAUAGUUGUUAUGAUCUUUUGGUUUCUAUUUUACUCUUGCAAUAUUUUUCCAAACUUUUGCCAAAAUCCCUGACUUGUGUAAUCUGCUAGAAUUAUGGCAUUACAAUGACAUGUUCUAGGUAUGUGUUUACUUGUGUAAUCUGUUGUACAAGAAUUAUGGCAUUACAAUAGCAGGUUCUAGGUACGUGUUUAUCUCUUGUUCAUAUUCAAUAGAAGAAAAAUUAAAUGAACUUUAGUUUGUAUUAGGUUUUGAUGGAUUACUAAAAUAUGCUUUGUGUUUAGCAGGCAAGUGACUAUGAUAGAAUAUCUUAGGUAAGGAUUUGAUGUUGGUGUAUGUGUAAUGUAUCCGAUGCUGAGUAUGAAAUCGACUUCAGCUGUAGCGGCCAUUAAAAAGGAAAUAGUCAGAACUGACCUUGCAGAACUUGUAUGCCAUUUGUUGUUUUUGAGGCUUUGAACCCCUUCUUUGUAUUAUAUAAUUGACAAUGAGUAAUAAAUUGAAGUAAAAUGUUGUUAUGAAA